AUGAAGUUGCUUCUCGUCCUCGCUGCCACCCUGGCAGUCGCCGCCGCCGGCACGGUCCACCCCGCCCUCAACCUCGCCAUUCAAGAAGGCGCCACCGAGGCGAUUCUCGAACUACCCCAGGUCAUGGACCAGGUCGAAGCCAGCCGACCGCUCUCGUCCCUCUCCGGUGAUGCCAAGGUGUCCGCCCUCGUCGCCACGCUUCAAGGACUCACCUCCGCUGCUCAGGCCCCCUUCGUCCAAGUCGCUUCUUCCCUCGGCCUCGAGACCCAGACCUACUGGGGAUCCAACAUCAUCCUCGUCAAGGGUUUGACCCCCGAGACUCUCGCCUCCUUGGCCGCCACCCCCGGAGAAUUCACCCUCCGCAAGGAAGUCACCGUCCGAAUGAGCCCAUCCAUUGCUGAGGCGACCAACGCUACCCAGAACCCGCAAUGGGGCGUUGCCAAAAUCAGGGCACCCGAAGCCUGGGCGCGUACCCAAGGUGAAGGUACCGUCGUUUGCAUCAUCGACACCGGAGUGAAUCUUGGCCACGUUGCGCUCGCUGACGCGUACGGAGGUGCCUGGAGCGACCCGUACUACAACACUGCCGGACCAACUGACCAACAAGGACACGGAUCUCACUGCGCGGGAACCGUCCUCGGACGUGCCAACGGUGUCGGUGUUGCCCCUGCUGCCCAAUGGGUCGCCUGCCGUGGACUUAACCACCAAGGAUCCGGAACUGAAGCUAAUCUCAUCUCCUGUGGUCAAUGGGUCUUGACGGCCAAUCCCAGACCAAACAUCGUCUCCAACUCGUGGGGUGGUGGUGCUGGGGAUCCAUUUUACAACACGGUCGUCUCUGCUUGGCGAUCGGCUGGGAUCAUCCCAGUUUUCGCGAUCGGAGGCUCAGGGGCAAACUGCAGGACGGUCGGGUCCCCCGGAGAUCAGCCCAACCUUAUCUCCGUCGGUGCCACCACUAACACCGACGCCAUGGCGACCUUCUCCGGCCGAGGACCCACCGCAGCGGGAGCACUCAAACCAGAAGUCUCCGCACCAGGAAAUAAUAUCGUAUCGUGCGGAACUGGAGCCAACAACUACGUCACCAUGUCCGGAACUUCAAUGGUGGGUUUUUCAGGGAUGUUUUAG